AUGAAGACCAGUUCCGUGCUCAUGCGAAAGUGCGGACUUUUCUCCAAAUAUCAGCAGCUGUUGGCGCCGCAAGAUCGCACCUCGGGGCAAGAAUUGCCGAAAGCAGCGCGUGAAAAAUUGCCUUUUCCCGUAAAGAAGGAAAACGCCGUGAAAACCGUAUUCCUUCGCACCUCAAGAGCGCGGGCGAGAAGCUUUCAUCAUCCACUUAGCGACGUCCAGCUCCAGUCUUCCUUUCUUCCUCUUUUUUUGGCCCGAUCGCGCCGUGUCGACCCUUUUCCUCAACACUCCGCAGACAAGUCUCCUGCCGGCGCCAAUCACCCGACGUUCUUGUCCGGCCAAAUGAAGCUGCUGACACUCAACUUCCUGACAUGCGCGCGCAAGGCGUGCAAACCGAAUCCGGACUCGUUCCCUCUCCAGCCCAAGGAAUGCACGCUCGAGAUCCUCGAGACGGACUUCAACCUGCUCUUCCUCUGCAACAUCCUUCCGAGGCUAGAGUGGCCGGCCCUGGUGAGGAUCACCUCCGAGCUGGGCCUGCCGGGCCUCAAGCCAGAGAAGCCCGAGCGAGAGGAGUUGAUUGCGUCCCAGUCCAGCGCCGCAGACGCUCCAUCAACAGCAGAUGCCGCUGCUGCUUCUACCGCUAGCGAGAAUGCCGACGGCGAGCAGAUGCAAGACGUUGAACAAGCCAAGGACGGCGAGGGCCAAGAGGGCACGCAGCUGGCGAAGGACCUGCACAGGCUGCUGAUGGAGACGACGAUACAGGAAGGCAAGCUGGUGUGUCGGGCGUGCGGGCACGAGUACGCGGUCAAGGAGGGCAUUGCCAAUUUCUUGCUGCCCAGCCAUCUCGUGUGA